UAGAAGGCACGGUGCGCUGACUCGCCCCUGCACUCGUCCCUCUGAUCUCUCCUUUCUUCCUCUUCUCCCUGUCGUCCUCAUUCUCUCCUAAUGAAUGCCCCUUUCUCACUGACUGGCAGCUCUCUGGGGCGGGGUUCGGCUCGGCCGGCGAUGACACUCAGGGGGGCAGCGACUCACAGAGGAAGAGGACCAAGCUGUCCAGCCGUGCUUUCGCCCACCUGGGGGGGACACAGAUGAAGGAGGGGAGGUCGAGGCCUGGGAUCCGGCGAGGGGUAUUAAGCUCCAAACUUGCGCGCAAGGUGUCUCAGCUAACACGGAAGGCUCAGACCAAGCAGCACCCCCUCACAGGGGCCUCCAGCAGGGCCCCACAGCCAGCGAGGGCCAGUGAUUCUGGGGCCAGAGUGACACAGCCAGCGCAGAUGGGGGAGUGACUCAGGAGGGAUGGAGGGGGGGUGAUGCACAGAUGAAGAGCCCCCUCCACCUGCAGGCCACUACCCGUUCAGGGAACGAGCGGCCGCACACACAGCAAAUGGUGGAGGAGAAGGACACAUCACCCACGGACAGCGAGUCCUCGGAGCAGGAUGAGGAAGACGAAAGCAGUUACGACAGUGAGGAAGGACAAAAUGGCAUCAAAGCUCCUUCGUCCAAGGAGCCUUCUCCAUGUGCAGCCACCACUGGUCCCUCUCCUUCUUCAGUGGUGAAACUGGAGGCAAAUCAAAAGGCCAAGAAUAAGAAGGAAAGACAGGGAAUGCUGGGCACACCGACCACGCGCGGCUCAGAGGGAGAGGUGAAAGUGAGGAAGAGAGCCCCCUGCAGGCCGGGUUCUGCCACUGCAGCAAAGAGACACCCUGAGCUCUCGCCGCAGGAGGGGUCAAAGCUGGCACGGGGCUCCCGGGCACCACCACACCAGCAGGAGGCAUUGAAGUUGGGGAUGGUGGCCAGGGCUGGGUCCUGCGGGCGGGGCAGCGGCUUUCGUGCCCUGGGUUUGGCCGGUGAAAGGUUGAAAAACACCACUUGCAGGACCGCCGGGCUGCAGACCUCUAUGAGCAAGAGGAGGGGCGGCUGGCCGGGCCUGGGUGCGGCCCCUAAGGCAAAGGAGCGAGGCAGGGGCAGGCCACGUAGGAAUAAGCAGUCGAAGGGCCACGGUGUAAGCCGGCUUGCUGGAGAAACUGCAGCGGACGAGGGCUUCCAGAUGAACGAGGACAGCAGCUUCUCGGAUGGGGACGAGGAUGAGGAUGGUGGCGAAGGGGAAAACCCGCUGCCGUCACACAGAGCGCCCCCUGCAGCCCUCCCAAACUGUGUGCUGACCAAGGAGCUGCUGGUGGACGGCCUGAAGGUGCUCAUCUCCAAGGAGGACGAGCUCCUCUACGCGGCGUACGUGCACACGCUGGAGGUGCCCGGCAUCUACAGUGUUGUCAUCGACGGGGAGCGGGGACACCGGCCCAGGAUCUACUCCCUGGAGCAGCUGCUUCAGGAAGCUGUGCUGGAGGUGCGCCCAGAAGCAGGGGCCAGACCGAUGACCGGGACGCGGGUGUGCGCGUACUGGAGCGAGCGCUCACGGUGCUUGUACCCAGGAUACGUGCAACAAGGGGGUCCUGGGGAGGAACAAAAGGAAGGCAGCGUCAUGGUGGAGUUUGACGACGGGGAUAGAGGGUGGAUCUCCCUGUCUAAUGUCCGCUUCCUUCCGCCUGAUUACCAGAUCCACUGUGCAGAGCCACCCCCUGCACUCCUGGCCUCACAAAGUCGGCGAGGUCGCCGGAGCAUGGUCCUGGGGAGGAAUACAGCGGCCGAUAUCUCCUCUGACCAACUGGACAACGCGGUGGCUGCAAGCGCGACAGGACAUGAAGAACCCCAGGCAAACCAAAAAGUGUCAACUCAGGAACAAGAGUCCCACAUCGGACAGUGUGAAAGACAGCAGGAAGGAUAUGUUUCCCCUCCUCAUGGGCUCGACUUCAACCCCAGCCAAAGGCAUCUUCAGAAGCACCUUGAGGUGGAUUCCUUCAGCAGCAUUGCUAAUGGCUGCUCCUCCUUUGGAAGCCAGUCAGCCAUUGUGCCUCUUGGCCCUAAGAACACUGCCUGCAGUCGGAGCAGGAAACCAGGAGAAGUCAGCACUCUUCGGAGUAAAAAGGCUGGUUCAGAAUUCCUGGUGAAGCUGGAUCAUGAGGGUGUGACGUCACCCAAAACCAAAAACAGCAAAGCCUUACUGUUGCUUGGCUCCUCAUAUCAGGGUAGCAGGAUGGACAAGGGAUUUGGGACUAAAGGUUUAGGGGACGUGUCUUCGCCGAUGGGACACUCACACCCAGUGCUACUCGUCAAGGACAACAAGAAGGGUGGAAGUGUCCGUGCCGAGCUGCCGAAGAAGGGGGCCUCUCACCUGCGGAAGCCAUCUCCUGCCCUAGCCAUGGGCAAUUACUCAGACUUUGCCAUAAACUGCCUCACUGACUGCCAUGGUUUCUACUCUGACAUGGACGAGGAGGACGAGGAAGAAGAUGAGGAGGGCAGAGCAGAGCUGGCUGCAGCCUCAGGCGGCCUGAGGACAGCGGGACGCUUCCUCUCUCGCCUCUCUGUGUCUUCCUCCUCUUCUGGGUCCUCUAGCUCCUCCAGCUCUGGCUCCAUGUCCAGCUCAAGCCUCUGCUCCUCUGACAACGAUUCAUCCUAUAGCUCAGAGGACGACGAAGGCUCUACACUGCUACUGCAGGGCUGCCUCUCGUCUCACCGUGCCCUGCUGCCGUCCACGGAGCCUCCAUCGCAGCGGACCUUUGUGGCAAAGGCCAUGGCCAUUAGCAGUUCCAAGGGAGGAGCGGUCAACAGCAACAGUGCUCACAACAGGUUGGUCAGGAGGAAAGAGUGCAUCAGCUCUCCCUCCUCACUCUUACCAUCCAAAAGCUCAAAGGAGCUUCCCAGGAGAGACAAGCUACCGGCAACUAAUAGUCCACCCAAGAUGGCCUCCUUCCUUCCAGCACGGCAAUUAUGGCGGUGGUCUGGCAACCCAACCCAGAGGAGGGGCAUGAAGGGCAAAGCGCGCAAGCUCUUCUACAAGGCCAUCGUGCGCGGCCGCGACAUGGUGCGGGUGGGCGACUGCGCCGUGUUCCUGUCCGCCGGCCGGCCCAACCUGCCGUACAUUGGCCGCAUCGAGAGCUUCUGGGAGUCCUGGACCAGCAGCAUGGUGGUGAAGGUCAAGUGGUUCUACCACCCAGAGGAGACCAAGUUGGGUAAAAGGCACAGGGAUGGCAAGCAUGCUUUGUACCAGUCCUCCCAUGAGGAUGAGAAUGACGUGCAGACCAUCUCCCACAAGUGCCAAGUGGUCAGCCGCGAGGAGUACGAGCAGCUAAGUCGCGGCCGGAAGCUGACCCCCGACAGUCAGGACCUCUACUACCUGGCUGGAAGCUACGAUCCCACCAGCGGCCAGCUGGUCACUGCCGAGGGGGUGCCUAUUCUGUGUUAGCAGCCCCCGAUACUGCUCUCCUGGUGGCACUACUGAAAGACCUCAGUCAGAAAUGAUGGUCGACGAGCUGUGAUUUUUUUUUGCCUGACAGGGGACACUGUGAAGGGCAGGGGCUGUGACCGCAGACAUGCAACUGCCCCCCUCUGUCCGAACUUCACCCUCUGCUUCCGCUACCCGCUGCUGGCACAGCGAUGGGGGCCGGUAGGCCGCCCGGGAAGUGAACCAUGGACCAGCUGAGGGACGCCCCAUGGUAGAGUAUGACGGCACUGCAGAAGAUGAGGAAGUGAGGGAAAAGCCCACCCUGUGUCGCUCCUCUGGAGUGCCAUCCCGUGUCCCAGGGGCCACCGCAUCCAGGUUGACACCGGUACAGAGUGGAGUAGCAUCAAACAGGGAACCGAUUCUGGUCCAAAGCUUGCCGGAGACCCUGAGAACCCUCUGUCAUGAGCUGUUAACUACUGGAGCACGAUGAAAAGGAACCUCUGCAGACUAAAUCGAGACAACAAAAGACACAAAUGGAGCCUGUAAACGGAGGUCUUCUUUGACGACUCGGCGGUGCGGGUCUGUAGGUGCCCAGAACAACGGAAGGCACGGGUUAAGAUGUGGUCCGAACUGGCCGGCUUCGGACCACGGGGGUGCACUGGAAUUGUACAACUGGCACGAAGAGACAGGCCUUGCAGGAGAGCAGCCUUCAGUCGUGUACAGGAUACUGUCUAAACCACAAUUUGAGUAUUUAAAACACCUAGGCAUCUCAAGUAGUCAUUAAAAUAAGUAUCCAAAUUUCGUCUACUUAAGAAUAACUGUCUGAGUAAGCCAUACAAAUCAGUACCUCUUGCCUAUUCAAAUUCAGGUGUAAAACUGUACAGAUCAAUGACUCUUUUCCACAUUUUUUAUACACAUAUCUCUGCAAAGAGAGACACUCGCCCCUCCUUUGAUGUUUUUCGAUUGCGCCUUUUAUUUUUGUAAUGGUGGAGUGUAUCGACUUAAGACCGUCCUGGUGAAGAUGAGCAGUCAGUGGCAGAGGAAGCCAGCCCUGCCUGUGCCCGGCUGAAUCGAGACGGAGCGCGGCUUGGAGGGCUGGUGGCAGUUUGGAAUGACGACACGGGCAUAUUCCCCCGGGAAGAGGCUCCGAUUAGGAGCGAAGGAGCAGGAGAUUGCCUGCCAGCCUGCUAUUCGUCCGCCUCAUUACAUUUCCUGUUCAUUUGUCUUUUUCUUUUCUUUUUUUUUUAAACCUGGCAACUAUUUAUUUUAUUUUAUUUUUUUUUCAAAUCGCUAUGCUACUAUGAGGAGCAAAAAAACUAAGAGACAGCUGCCUUGCCUGUACAAGAAGACAAAGACAAGGAAAAUGCAAAUCCUGAAACUUCACGAGGACACAUUACAAGCGCCAGUGACCGACAAACGAAGCGGCCGGCGAUCGUUCGCUGACGAGAUGCCGAAAGACGGUCUCUAUUGUUACUUGCCGAGCCUCAUAAAUGAGGACUAAGAGGGCCAGCCUGGUCUCUGUGGGUGUGCGUGAUUUUUCUCUGGUUUUGAAGGUCACUUUGAAACGUCAACACUUUUUUCUGGCUUUAGAAACCAAAGGGCCUCUAAGGUUUUCAUUAAAUUAUGAUAAAUUAAGUAUAUAAAAAAAUCCAAUCAGAGUGUUGUAUUUUUGUUAAAUCCGGGAGCCUGCAAUCAGAUUGACGGACCUGAUUUAUUUAUGACUAAUUGACAAUGUUGAUUCUUACUUGUAUCGCGGGAGUGCUCUCCCGCGUAAGCGUUACAUACCCGUAACGUCCCUGUUACGUUGCAGCAACGUUGAGAGAACCCAGCGCGCGUGCGUGUGUCUGCGUGUGUGUCUGUGUGUGUUUUGCUGUUUUCUCGUCGCAAUUGGACCUGCGACCCUGGCACUUGUAGGCCCAUUACGGCCUCCUCUGUGUAACUGUGAAGGACAAUCAGACUAGCAGUGAUGUGGCGCAUUUUUCAAGGGGGCAUAAUCAGACACAUCAUGUAUUUGGGUGUUUUUUUGUCUUUUUGCCAAAACCAUUUUGUCAUUCUUUUUGUUGCUGUCAUUUAAUAUGCAAACCUGUAAUAAGUUAAAUAAGUGUGUGAAUGAGUACAUGUGGGGGAGGGGGAAUUAUUGUACAUUUUUUUUGUAUGUUAGUGUUGGUGUUACGAACAUUGCAAACCAAAUAGCUUUAAAGAGAAAUCAGGGCCUAACAUUAAAUGUCGCUUACCUUUUUAACUGCGGUAUGACCUAAAUGGUUGAUGUCCUAAAAUAAAACAAAUAUGUAUUUUACGCAAA